AUGAGAGCAGAUAUAAUGAUCACACUGUUUAAAGCUGCAGACAGAAACAUCAGACUCAGGACAGAAACACACGACCUCUAAAAAAUGGAGCAAACUCUAUAUUUCAUUCUUCUUCUCAUUGCUCUCUGCUCCGUAUCUGAAUGUGUUCAGCGUCAGUAUCACUUUAUAAACGUGAGGAAGAACUGGACUGAAGCUCAGAGAUACUGCAGAGAGAAAUACACAGAUCUGGCCACCGUUGACAACAUGAACGACAUGAACGAGCUGAAGAAGAGUGUGAAUGAUGGACGUGUCUGGAUUGGGCUGCAGAAGACGGGUCAUAAUAAAUGGCAGUGGUCUUCAGGUGAUCCUGCGCUCUAUCUGAACUGGGCUCCUACACAACCUGAUGGCAGAGAUGAGUGUGCUUUUAUGAAAGAUGGACUAUGGCAUGAUUAUUCAUGUAGUAGCAGCCGAGCUUUCAUCUGCAGUUCAUCUAACAACAUGAACACAGGACUCGUCUUUGUCAAUCAGGUGAAGAAUUGGAGAGAAGCUCAGAGUUACUGCAGACAGAAUCACAUUGAUCUGGUCAGUGUGAGGAACCAGAAUGAGAGUCAACAGCUUCAGCAGUUCAUUAGUGAUCAUGAUUCAUCUGGAUCAUAUGUCUGGAUCGGUCUUUUCAGAGACUCAUGGCAGUGGUCAGAUCAGAGUAACUCCUCAUUCAGAUACUGGAAUACUGGUGAACCUAAUAAUGCUGGAAAUAUUGAAAACUGUGCAGAGAUUCUGAACACUCAGGGUCAAUGGAAUGACGUCUCUUGCAACAACCAGUUUCCUUUUGUGUGUCAUGAAGAUAAACUGAUUCUGAUCAAAGAGAAGCUGACGUGGUCUGAAGCUCUGAGAUACUGCAGACAGAAUCAUACGGAUCUGGUCUCGGUUCAUUCAGAAGAGAUUCAGCGUGACGUGAUGAAUGUGGUUAAACAGGCGUCUACUGAGGCGGUGUGGUUGGGUUUACGUUACUCCUACAUUUUGGGCAUCUGGUACUGGGUGAGCGGAGACACCGUGUGCUAUCAGAACUGGGCUCCAGGGAACGGCACAGCAGUGAAUUGUGAUUCUGCAGUGAGAUCUGGAGCAGUUCAGUCUGGAGGAAAUCAGCGCUGGAUCAGCCGUCCUGAGACUGACAAACUCAACUUCAUCUGCAGCAGAUAUGAAGAAUGAAUUAAUACACAUACAUUUCAUGUAAGAUAACAAAAGCUUGUGUGUUCACUUCCUUUAACUUCAUUUCAUUCAUCACUUGGUUGUAAAGUAAUAAUUUCAC